GUAAAUCUUCCUCUCUCUUUCUCUCUCUCUAUCUCUCUCUCUCUCGUAUCUUCCAAGCUCUCCUCUCUUCCUAACUUCCUCCGAUCAUCACCUUCGGCCAAACCGCCGGAUUUUCUCUGGGAUCCGUCCCGAAUAUGAUGCCAUUCUCGCCGUAUAAAUACUGAACAACCGGAGAAGCAGGGAGCCUUAAACAGGCUAGUAUAUGGGUUCUGAAAGUAUAAAUCUUGAGGAGAGAUUGAAAUCUCUUCUUAUUCAGUUACAAACGGAGUUAGGAAUUCUUGAUAGGAUUGUCUACAAGGGAAAGAAUCAACACAGGCGCUGCCUCUAUUUCCAAUACCUCUUGAAGGUGAGAAGGGAUGUGAAGCUGCUUUUAUUAGCUGACUUGGAGGGGGUUUUGAGCGUUCUCUUUCAAGUUAUUAAUGGAAAGAAACCUACACAAAAGGUGCAUCAUCUAGAGAGACUAAAGAAGCAAAAACAUCACAACAGAAGGCAUAAUUUUCAGGAGCGACUGUUGGGCGUUGCACGUUUACUGUCACAGAUGGUUGAACCCAUGUUGAAGGCGUCAAUUCAGAUAUCUUCUUUGCUUGCUCAGUCAUUCUUCAUGGGAUUUUCUCUAACGAAUUUAGCUAUUCUCGCCCGCCUCCGAGUUUUGGUUCAACAAAUGUUGCUCGAUGUUGUUUCCGUGUUCAACUUGGUUUCAUCCCUCUCUCAAAAGGAGCAAUCUGUAAAACUCACACGGGAUGGAAUUGAGGUUUUCAGAGAAUACCAUCCCCCAAGCGGAGAUUUUCUUACCCUAGAAUGCGUGUGGGAGGGCGACAAGUUUGUAUUGCAUGAGAUGACCAAUACAAAUAAGAGAAAGAACCAAGAUGAGGAUCUUGAAGAAGGCAGAUCUAUUCCUCUUGGAGCAUCAACGAUACAGUAUCAGAGUAUUGAAAUUUCAUAUGAAGAUGAUGAACUCGCUUGGAAAAAGGUCCCUACAACCGACUCAGUUGAAGAGGGCUCAGGUCCCAUCGAUGUCAAUAGAACCGAUGCAAUUUCAAUUCAAUCCAUUGAGAUGGAUGAUGAUGUAAAGACUGAUAAUACCAAGGAUGGAGAUAAUCUACAUAACGAAAGGUCUCCUCACAAGGACUCUACUGUGGAGGGUAGUGGAGUGGGAAGCAUUUCCCCAUUUCUGAGCCCACCAUCUCUGAAACCCCAAGCUCAACCUACUAACAAUGUGGCUUUUGUUUCAGUAAGGAAAUCUGCUCCAUCAGAAUCGAAUGGAAGCAGACCCCACAAGAAGAUGGAGGCUGACAGGCUGACAGGCAAUGCUAAGGAGACUGAUGAUCCGUUUUUCAGUCUCCUCAUGGGUGGAAGCGUGAAAGAUAGUCUUUUUUAAGCAGAUGUGCUUAGAAUUUUCACAAGCAAAAGCACACCAUUUUUAUUGUUCGAAUUCUAUCACGUUUCAAGUCCUAUCUUGCAAUUGUAAAAGAGAGAUAGAUGGUUUGCAUGAGAGGUGAACUCCAAAAGGAAAGGAAAAGAAAAGCAUUGCAGCAGAUUUGUCUGCAUUUUAUUUCUGACUGACAACAAGGGAUUUAUAAUGGAAGAAUUAAUCUUGGAUGUCAUCACCAAGAUAAGAUGCA